AUGACUACAACGGCGCUUCCUGACGCGACGGUCCCGUCUACAUCAUCGAAGCAGGACGAACUAGCUCUAUCUGAACCUGCAUCUGUGUCGGCCACCGCAACAGCACCUCCAUACUCUCCGAUCUACGCCACUGCCCAGGCCCAACCAGGAGGCAUCACAACCAUGCCCGCGCCGACUGCACCAACGGCGUCUGGCAGUGACGGACCUCCUCUACCCACACCGACCGAAACGAUAGCCACGCCUGCCACGAGAACGAGCACCUCGCCUCCUCCCCCUCAGCCUGGAGCUCGUCCUGAUCCUGGAAUUCCUGCACCGACGGCUCCUCCAGUUUUGGCUGCAUCUUCAGCUCCUGCUCCAGUCCCUGGUCCUGCUUCUGCUCCCCAGGCUCAACCUCAACCAACACCUACCGCUACAGCCACAGGCGCAACUACAACUACAACACCAGCGAACCCCAUGCCUAGCUACGGCUACAGCUACAGCCCCACAGCCGGCGGGUACAGCUCCGGAUUCACACACCCAGCCCAGGACCAACAAUUCCAUCCACGAGCACACCCUCACGCACAACCACACCCAAACUCAACAUCCACACCCUACGCCUCGCUCUACCAACCAGCCAACACCUCGUCACAACUACCCCUCUACCAGGCCCAGGGCCAUGGCGCCGACGAGUUUGCCUCCGCCCAAGAAGACGCCGGGUUCCUGGCGAGCGCCAAGUCAUGGAUAGCAAGUGCGGGGACGAAGCUGGCGGAGGUGGAGGCUGAGGUGUGGAGGAGGAUUAAUGAGGCUCAUGAUAAGUAG